AGCUUAUUGUUUAUGAGUGGUGUUGAAACAAGCAAAGUGAAAUACAGUUUUUGUCUCGUCUCAGGAGAUUGAUUGGAAUGUUGUGGUCUGUGGCAUGAGAUGAGAGCCGAAAUACGGACGGAAUACGGCAUGUAUGGAAGUGUGCAUAUGCGCAUUGCCCAGUUUGGUGAUGGUGGUUUUUUGGAGUGCAGAUGGGAGUUUGCGCCCGGAGCUAGCCGCGCAAAUUUUCAAGAAAACUAGCAAGGGGUCGAGAUUUGUUCUUGGUUUUUAUUAUUCCUGGUGUUCUAGUGUUAUUCUUUUAUUUUUUGCCCUCGUGCAGAGGCGAUUUGUCAACGGGAAGACGAAGCUGUUUUGUGGGUGUAAGUGCAUAGUAAGUGGUUAUGGACGGAUGAGGCGGUGCAAACGUCAGAUGGGCAUCAGAUCAGACCGGCGAUUGCAUGAGGCAUGAUACAUGAAUACUAAAUGAGGACAGUACUUGAGACACGCGCAAUUGCAUCGCAGGCUCUGGCUGGGUUCGUGGGAAACGCGCACAUCCUUGCGCUUUGU